UUGCAUUUAAGAAGCACUGUUUGUUUGUAAGAAAAAGUGAUUAGUAAUUUAUAAAAAUACUUAAACACGCUAAUUAAAUAAGACAGAAUGCCGCACGGCCACUCGCACAACCACGGACAGGACUGUGGUCAUGAAGCAACUGAUGUCGAUCAUGCCUUGGAAAUGGGUAUUGAAUAUUCACUGUUCAAAAAAAUUGAUAUGGACAAUUUGGAAUGUCUGAACGAGGAAAUCGAAGGAAGCGGAAAGAAAGUCUUCAAAGCUUAUGAAAAUCGGUUGAAUCACGCGGAUUUCGUACAAAGUGAUGCUGAUGAAGAAUUACUCUUCAACAUACCAUUCACCGGUAACAUAAAGCUGAAAGGUAUUAUAAUUGUGGGCGCUAAUGACAAUACACAUCCGAACAAAGUGAGACUUUUUAAAAAUCGUCCUAAAAUGACAUUUGAUGAUGCAAGAGCCAAAGCUGACCAAGAAUUUGAACUGACAAGAGAUCCCCAAGGAGAAAUUGAAUAUUCACCAAAGGUGGUUACAUUUUCUUCGGUGCAUCAUUUAUCCUUGCAUUUUCCUUCCAAUUUCGGCGACGAUGUGACACGAAUUUACUAUAUUGGCCUACGUGGUGAGUUCAGCGAGUCACAUUACCAUGGCGUAACAAUUUGCACCUAUGAAGCACGUCCAAAUGUAAGCGACCACAAAAAUGAGGCUUUCGAUGGAGUAAACCGCACAAUACAGUGAUAAAGUGCUUUAAUUGAUAUUGCAAAAUGUGAAACUAAAUUAUUUAACGCUUUUUUGAUACAUUGAAAUUUAAAAUAAAAUGUUAUAUAUUGCAAAAC